AUGUCCUCAACCAUGACUACCUCCUACACUAUACCCAUGGUAUACGAUGAAGAACCUCCACACUCCGAUCUACUCGUCAUCCAAGGUGUUCAGCCAUUCAAUGCAGAGCCUCGUGCUCCAGCGUUGGUAGAAUUUCCGUACACGCCAGAGGAGCUAGUAUAUUGCCGCAACCAUGGUCCGGUGCGGGACUUCGAUGACGAUGCGUACCGCGUCACUGUCAAAGGCAUAGUCGAUAGAGAAGUUGUCCUCAGCAUGAAGGCAUUGCGAGAGGACUUCCCAAAAGUCCGAGUAAUCGCAGCGCUGCAGUGCGCAGGGAACCGUCGCAAAGAGAUGGGUGCCAUCAAACCUGUUCAUGGUGUCGCUUGGGGCGAUGGGGUUAUAGCCAACUGCAGUUGGAGUGGCGUGCGGCUUCGUGAUAUAUUGAACCACACAGGUUUAUCCGACAAUAACGCCAACUUGCAUGUGUGCUUUGCAUCGUAUGCAACUCUCUGCCAAGAUGACGAGUAUUAUGGUGCCUCUGUGCCUCUCGAUCAUGCUCUCAACCAGGAAAACGAGGUGCUGCUAGCAUACGAGAUGAACGAUGAACCGCUCUCCCCUGACCACGGUGGACCACUUCGAGUCGUGGUGCCGGGUUACCUAGGUGCUCGAUGGGUCAAAUGGGUGGACACCAUCUCGGUGUCCUCGUCCGAGUCACCCAACUUUUACCAGCAACGGGACUACAAAGUCCUUCCACCAGAUGUUGAAUCGAAAGCGGCUGCUCAACCUCUUUGGCCUAAAUACCCAGCAAUGACAUGCCUUCCGCUCAACACUGUUAUUGGCUCUGUAACGAAACUUCCUUCUUCAUCAGGGAUCCUCGUCAAAGGCUAUGCGAUUGGAGGACCGGAUGGCAACGUUGAAUCGGUCGAAGUCUCUGUCGACAGUGGUGUAUCGUGGGUUUCGGCGAGGAUCACCUAUCAAGAGGGACCCUGGAGCUGGGUGUUAUGGGAGGCUACCGUAGCGAGCGCCGCAGACAAAGGACAGGUAUUCAGCCGUGCCAAAGAUGUGAAGGGAAAUGUACAACCCAAAGAGGGGAUUUGGAACCUCCGAGGCGUGGCUUUCAACGCUUGGGGACAAGGUUCAUGGUGA